AGGUGAAUGGAGCAAAAGACAAUGAGAAAAGAGGUGUAGGAAGAAUAUGUUGUCACAACUGAGAAAUGUUGCUAAAUUUCCCUCAAGUGUGAAUACUUUAUUUGUGAAUUGCAUGCAUCCAAAGCAUAGCCACACUGAUGGAUUCCUGUAUACUUGUUUCUGUUAUGUAAACUCUCAUUUAUUUUCCAAAAGCUGUCUCUGCUCUGUGGAACCAGAUAAUCUAACAGAUGUGUUGGAGUUCCUCCUCCUGGGGUUCUCAGAUGAUCCAGAACGUCAGCCUCUAACCUUCAGCCUGUUCCUGUCCAUGUAUGUGGUCACCAUGCUAGGGAAUCUGCUCAUCAUCCUGGCUGUCAGCUCUGACUCCCACCUCCACACUCCGAUGUACGUCUUCCUUUCCAUCCUGUCCAUGGCUGACAUCGGUUUCACAUCUACCACAGUCCCGAAGGUGAUUUUGGACAUUCAGACUCAUAACCGAGUGAUCUCCCAUGCGGGCUCUCUGAUUCAGUUGUCUUUUUUUUAUCUUUUUGGCUGUUUGGACAGUGCGCCCCUGGACAGUGUACUCUUAACUGUGAUGGCCUAUGAUCGGUUUGUAGCUAUUUGCUAUCCUCUGUACUACCCAGUCAUCAUGAACCCCCGCCUCUGUCGCCUGCUGAUUCUGGUGUCUUUUUUGAUCAGCCUUCUGGACUCUCAGCUGCAAUGCCUCAUUGUGUCACAACUUACCUUCUGCACAAACGUGGAAAUUCCCCAUUUCUUCUGUGACCCUCCUCAACUCCUCAAGCUUUCCUGUAAUGAUACUUCCACCAAUGAAAUAUUCAUGUAUUUUAUUGGUGGCAUCUUUGCUGGUAUUCCAGUCUCAGGGAUCCUUUUCUCUUAUACACGAAUUCUUUCCUCCGUUCUGAGAGUCGUGUCAACAGGUGGGAAGUACAAAGCCUUGUCCACCUGUGGCUCUCACCUGUCGGUUGUUUGCUUAUUUUAUGGAACAGGUCUUGGGGUGUACCUGGGAUCGACUGUCUCACAUUCUCCCAGGAAGGAUGCAGUGGCCUCCGUGAUGUAUGCUGUGGUUGCUCCCAUGCUGAAUCCCUUCAUCUACAGCCUCAGGAACAGGGACAUCAAGAGGGCCUUGCAGAGGCUCCUUAACAGAACAGCCUAG